GUGCAGCCUCAGAAAACGGGCGGAGCCAGUUAUGAGGGGAGGGCGGAGCGAGUCUGUUCAAUCGCGCUGGUCAAAAUGGCGGAACGCGGGUACAGCUUCUCCCUCACCACUUUCAGCCCUUCUGGAAAGCUUGUUCAGAUUGAAUAUGCUUUGGCAGCUGUUGCCGCAGGAGCCCCAUCUGUUGGAAUUAAAGCUUCAAAUGGCGUGGUACUGGCAACAGAAAAAAAGCAGAAAUCCAUUCUGUAUGAUGAACGAAGUGUACACAAAGUGGAAUCCAUAACCAAACACAUAGGCUUGGUGUAUAGUGGCAUGGGUCCUGAUUACAGAGUACUUGUCCACAGAGCACGCAAACUAGCCCAGCAGUACUACUUGGUUUAUCAUGAACCUAUUCCAACAGCUCAGCUAGUGCAGAGAAUUGCUUCUGUGAUGCAAGAAUACACACAAUCUGGGGGUGUACGCCCAUUUGGUGUAUCAUUGCUAAUAUGUGGGUGGAAUGAAGGACGACCAUACUUAUUCCAGUCUGAUCCAUCUGGUGCUUAUUUUGCGUGGAAAGCAACUGCAAUGGGAAAAAACUAUGUGAAUGGAAAGACAUUCCUUGAAAAGAGGUACAACGAAGACUUGGAGCUUGAAGAUGCUAUUCAUACUGCUAUAUUGACACUGAAGGAAAGCUUUGAAGGACAAAUGACAGAAGAUAACAUAGAGGUUGGCAUCUGUAAUGAGGCAGGAUUUAGAAGACUCACUCCAACUGAGGUUAAGGAUUACCUGGCUGCAAUUGCCUAGUAUGCGUUAAGGAAGACUGCCUCGAUACAUACAAGGAUCUUUUUUUCCAGUCAUUUAAAUAUUUGGCUUCUGCACUCUCAUUUCUACUUUACCUGCUAGAUUUUUUAAAA